CAAGGGGAGCAGCCGCGGAGAGGGAUCCCCGGCUGUACAAAAAGCUCGGGGGGCUAGUUAUUUAACCCCGGGAAAGGCUCUAGAUCGUGCGGAUCCGUGGGGAGCCACGGGGCAGUGCCUCGGACUGACCUUCAUUGCAGGCAUAUUGCCCAGCAGGAGAAGUGGACAAGAUUCUUUUUGGAACCCAUGAACUUCUCUGACAGUGGCAAAAGAAAGCGAGCAGAUAAUUGUUCCAGGAUCUCGCAAUCCUUUUUUGUCAUCUUUGCAAGUGGGAGGCGUUCUGGGCAGUAUGUGAUAGGAGUCUCUCAUACACAUCCAUGUUGGAAAAGACACUGGCUGAUUCAAACCAGAGCUUCACAAUGACAGAGGAAGCAUGCAGGACACGAAGUCAGAAGCGAGCACUAGAACGAGAAAUAACCCAAAAUGACGUGGACAGUAAAAAAAUUAAAAUGGACAAAGGACUGUUGGGAACAGAUAUAAAGACUGAAGGUGACAUUAAAAUAAAGACUGAUCCUGGAGCUGGGAAAGUCCAAGGAUUAUUAAAAGGAGGGGAGGUAAAAGCAACUAUUAAAGUGGAGGUGCAGACAGGUGAUGAACCUGUUGACAUGAGUACCUCAAAAAGUGAUUUAAAGAGAGAAAAGAGAGUCCCCUCGCCUGAUAUUAUAGUGUUAUCAGACAAUGAACCUUCGAGCCCUAGAAUGAAUGGUUUAACAAAAAUAGCAUUAAGAGAGACCAACACAGAGGCACUCAUGGCCUUACAGAAGAGCAGCCCAGAGGAGCGCGAGAGAAUGAUUAAACAGCUAAAAGAAGAGUUAAGAUUAGAAGAAGCAAAACUUGUUUUAUUGAAAAAGCUGCGGCAGAGUCAAAUACAGAAAGAGACCACUACUCAGAAGCCUCCUGGUUCCUCUGGGAGUGCUGUGGCCACCCCUCCCCCAUUGGUGCGGGGAACACAGAAUGUUCCUGCUGGCAAGCCAUCCCUUCAGACCUCUUCUUCACGUAUACCAGGCACUGUUAUUCCCCCUCCAUUGGUCCGUGGAGGGCAACAAGCAUCUUCAAAACUGGGAUCUCAGCAGAAUACGCAGAUAGUAAUGCCACCUCUUGUCAGAGGAGCCCAGCAAAUCCACAACAUCCGACAGCACUCCAGCACGGGGCCACCUCCACUGCUUCUGGCACCACGGGCAUCCGUCCCCAGUGUACAGAUUCAGGGACAGAGAAUUAUACAACAGGGUUUAAUCCGCAUUGCCAAUGUUCCCAAUACCAGCCUGCUUGUCAAUAUACCACAGGCCUCACCUACUUCAAUAAAAGGUACAACCGUGACAUCGGCUCAGGCUAAUGCUGCUACUACUACCAGUGUUGCUUCUAUAGUGAACUCCAACGAGUCCCCAGCCAGCCGGCAAGCUGCUGCCAAACUUGCACUGCGCAAGCAGCUGGAGAAGACGCUCCUGGAGAUCCCACCUCCUAAACCACCUGCACCAGAGAUGAAUUUCCUGCCAAGUGCAGCCAACAACGAAUUUAUUUACCUGGUUGGUUUGGAGGAAGUAGUGCAAAACUUGCUAGAAACUCAAGGUAAAGUUUCAGUCACAGCCUCAUCUCAGGAGCCCUAUAUGUGUGCUCAAUGUAAGACUGACUUCACUUGCCGCUGGAGGGAAGAGAAGAACGGAACCAUUAUGUGUGAAACCUGUAUGACAUCGAAUCAGAAAAAGGCCCUCAAGGCUGAGCACACUAAUCGACUGAAGGCUGCCUUUGUGAAAGCCUUGCAGCAAGAGCAGGAGAUUGAGCAGCGGAUACUGCAACAGACUGCUUCUCCUGUACAGACCAAGUCAGAACCUAUAGUCCAGCACCAUUCACUCAAGCAGACUUCUAGCCAGCUGUCUCGAGGUCCCCCAGGAAGCACCCGAGGAGUCUUGCAUGCAUUUAGUCAGUCACCCAAGUUGCAGAAUGCAUCAGCUGCAGCAGCACUUGGUAGUAGGCCAGGUAAGCAUGCUGAGAGACCUGUCAGCAAGAGCAAUGCUACUACCUGGAAGAAGACCCCCAUCACUACAGGUGGGGCUCUAGCUUUUGUCAACCCUAGUUUAGCCGUGCACAAGACUUCUUCAGCAGUAGACCGUCAACGUGAAUAUCUCCUGGAUAUGAUUCCCCCACGAUCCAUCCCUCAAUCUGCAACAUGGAAAUAAUGCAGUGGAAUGCCCAAGAGGAAGACUUACCCGUUUCUGCCAUUCUUUUUUAAUACCACAAUACAGUGGAAUCUGCUUUAAACCCAGCUGGAUUUGCCCAGCUUUGUAGGCAGCAAGAAGACUGCUCCUCAUCCCAUUGAGUGCUGCUGUCCUUGGUAUGAGAAAAUGACACCAAGAGAGUGGGAAUAGACUCGAGCUCAUUUGGCUAUCAAAUUCUUGUGAUUGGCUGAUGGUGAAGGCUGUCAGGAAGGGGGAGAAAUUCUUAUUUUUUGGCUUUGUGUAUUUAGGUGUUUGGGGUUUUUUGUGGUCACCAGCACAAAAGGAGGACUAAAAGGACUACCUGCCUUUGGUUUCUUUACUUGGAGCUAGCUAGUCACCAAGCAUACAGUGUUCACUGGCAAUCAAGGAUGCACUUCUUUGUAAGAAAAGUGGAAUAUGAACCCAGUGAUUGCAGAUGCAUUUAGCAGGUUGAAUUCAUGUUUGCUUCUCCUCUUUCCCCCACCCCAGAAAGGCAAUGUACAAUUUAUAAUAAUGAGCUAAUGAUGAUAAAUAAGCGCAAACUCAAAUUCCAGUUGGUCAUGAUUUCUAAUGGACUGGUUGCUGCCCCAACAGUCCCAGCAGGUGGGAGGCAGUGUAGGCCUCUCACUUUCAUUGGAUUCUGUUGAAUAGACUUUGUGGACACUUGAUGGUCUAAACCCUGAAGUUCUGAACAAUAAACAGUAGCCUGUUCAGUCUCUCUAAUCUAGCACAGAGCAAUCGGCCCUUGCAAAAGUUCCCAGAGACUUUUUUUAAAGUUAAACUUUUUUUUUCUUUUUUUUGUUCUUUGGCGAAGUUGUAUUCAAAAACUAAGAGCUCCAGAAGCUGUGUGUAAUCAGGGAGGGUGAGAGGAGGGAGCAGAAGGAUGAAAGGUAGGAGUCAGGCAACAGGUUCUUUCCCGUGUUAUCAGUGGAGAAGCAAUCCUUCCUAGUCCAUGCUUUAGUGGUGUGAUGACUGUAUGCUUCAGGCAGUACUGCCUAACCCUGAUCCCUAGAAUUCCAUUCUUCCAUGCUCCCCUCUAUCACAUCACUCCAAUAUUUCAGUUUUGGUAGAGCUUUAGGUAACCCUGCUUUAAGGACAGGAUUCUGUGUGGUUUUAAUAUAUUUUGGGAUUACACGGAUACAUUUAGAAUCAUUGGGUUUGGUUUUUUCACUUUAUAUUGGUUACAAGUGGCAGAAAUACAUACCUUGCUACUUGUAUUGCAUAUUGGUACUAGAACUAGUGCCGAUAUGAAUUCUUUUCAAAGUUAUAAAUAUAUAUAUAUAUAUAAAUAAAUAAAUAGAGGAAGGGGGAGUUACUAUCCAGUUUCUACUUUGAAUCUGGUAUUUGUUUUCUUAGCAGCUUCAGUUAGAUCCUUAAUUUAAAACAGUUACUGUGUAGGGCAUCCCUUUUCAGAUCCACCUCUCACAUUAUGAUAAGCUUAUUUUAACCCCUCUUCUGUUGUGUGAAUAUCAAUAUUUAGAUACAUUUUUUUUAAACACCCAGUAGUGUAGAUGACCUAGUUUUGCAAAAUGGUAUUUUUUGCUGUAUAAAGCCCUAGAAUUUCAGUUUGACUUUUUUUGUUCUGAAUGUAUGAAGAACUGGAUGAGAUGGGUUGUGGGUGGUGGGUUUUUUUGUUUGUUUGUUUGUUUGUUUUUUUAAUUUUCAUUCCAAGGUGUGGGGUUCUUUGUUUUGAUGAGGCGGGGAGAAAGAAAGAGUGCAUAUUAUUUUGCACAGUAUGAAAAUAUUUCAGUUCCUUGAAUUUUUUUGUUCCUGACAAAUCUGUUUUACACUCUCUCGAAUACAGUUGUCUCUUUCUAUUUAAUGACCUGGGCCAAAGUGCGUUUCUGAGUUUAAAUCUCACUUCUCAAAUUACAAUCUUGUGCCCACAAAUGGCUUUUUGGAAACCUACGGUAUGAACAACUUCUAAGGUCAAAAAGUGUGCCCUUUCUAAUGUUGGGCAGCUAUAGAUUCAUCCAGUGCUGCAGAAGGGGGAUGGAAGAAGGGGAAGAAGCAAUAAAGUUGCUUGUUAGAAACAAUGUCAAAACUGUUUUGGAAAGUGCCAAUAUUGGUAUAGCAGCAUUUAAAACUUUAAUUUCAGUAGAAAGGAUAAUGAGAACUAUUUUAAAGGCCAGAAGAUUAAAUAAAAAUCAAAGCCUGCACAUAUUGCAUCUUGUUGACUUUACCCUCCUCUGCCAUAUUGUAUCAGCAUAAUUUUGGACUUUCUCUUUCCACUUAAAAAAAGUAAAAGUAAUAUACUGAGGCUGAAUUAUUUUAGGGGCACAGUGUAAAAGAUUGAUCAAAAACUCAUUUUGCAGAUAUUAUGGAUCAUGGAUCUAAAAACAGUUUUGACAUUGUUUUUAUCUAUUGUUCUUGGGAUGUUGCAGGUAAUUUAAAGAUAAUUCUUGCAUAUGCUGUUUCUGAAAAGUUUGGCUAAAAGUGCAGCAAGAAAAGAUUCAAGUGGUGUACAUGGGUAGAUGCCAGAUUGGCUUACUCAGUCCAUAUGUUCAGAGGUGUAUAUUCAGUUGACUGUGUGCUAUACCUGGCCAGUUAAAACUCCAUACACUAUCUUUAGAAUAACUAUUAAAAGAUUUGCAACAAAUCUUUCCAAAUAACUUCCAUUUCUCCUCCUCACCUGCCCCUUCCAGCCCCCCCCAAUAUACAUAACAAAAACCAAGGGUAUUGUGACUUAACCUUUUAAAUGGUUUGAUUGUGGAGGAGGGGAGUUUUAGGCAUGUUGUAAGAACAAAAUCUUUAGUUGAUUUUUACUACUGUCAUGUUUGGAAUUCCUGCCACCAGAAGGCUAUUCCUUUUUCCUACAGAUCUGCCCAAUCCAAUGCAGUCUGCUGACUCAUUCAUAGGGGCCUGGCAAGAGGUAUCCCACACCCCAGUCCUCUAAGUGAGGCAUAAUUGUACCUAAAGCUCCCUCUCCGAGCAAGAGAUGUACAAUUUGACAGUACAACAUGCAAAUUGAUCUCCUGUAGGUGGUACAUAUUGCAACAUGCCCCAUAUUCCAUUCCCCCAACCCUGCAUUGCUUUGCUGCAAUUGCCGCAUGAGCUGGUUUGACAUUGCUCAAAUGCUGCUUGCUCCCCCCCUCUCCUGGGGAGAGGGUUAGAGCAGCGUUGGUUCUUGCAAGCCAUAUAACCUUUUCCUUUGAGACGUUGCAACUACGAGAUUUUAUAAUACAGUAAUAAUGAAAAUGACUAACUAUUGUACUUAGAUUUUAGCAACUUGUGAAAUAAACCCCUGACUUUCAUUUGAACCAGUGUUGAAAUUUGGGAGCUGUGUGGUUUUUUUAAUUUUAUUUUUUUAUAACCUAAUUUAUUAUCUGUUUUAUUUUGGGCAUUGAAUAGAUUACUGUUUUCUGCCCAGAAACGUGAAAAGUGGCCUGGCUGAACCUUUUAUUUUUAUAGUGUAGAAGAUUUUGACAGCUUUCCAGUUCAUGUAAAGUUUGACUUGCUAACUUUUGUAUUUUAGGGAUUCCUGUAAAUGGCAUUCCAGCUGUAAUACUGAGGAGGGUUCUUUUUGGUUGAUCUUAAAUUCUGGAUAGCAUUGUUUUGUUUUCUAUAGAUAUUUUGAUCAUUGUUUUAGGAACCAGUCAGUUACCUUUUAAUUAUCAAAUUUAGUUACCAAAUUUUGCUUACUAAAAGAAAAAAGGAUUUACCAAAGUACAGCUAAGAAAAUGAAAAUGGGGGACUCGUUUCGGAGCACAGAAGAAGGGAGAAGGCUUAUACAGUGGUCACAUCAGAAACCCUAUUUGGCUCAUAUGUCACUUUCUCCUUUUAUAAGGGGGGGGGACACGGUUGUCAUUUUUUUUUUAGAAAAUAUAUAAAUAUAUAUAUCUAUAUAUAAUGCAAAAAGACCUCAAGGAACCGCAGUAGUGUUUGUCUGCUUAAGGCAGAGUUACGCUGUAUAUUGCAUUUAGCGAAAUAACUUGCAUUGUGCUUUUUUAAAAAAAAUUUAUAAUCAUUUAACAAAGAAACUGUAACAGAGUAACGUUACGCAAGCGCAGGGUAUGUUUUUUUGUCACUCGUAUUUAUUGUGACUCUAAAUCUUUGAUAAUAAAACAAAAAUUAAAAAAAAAUGUUCCCACUAAAGCCUGAUAGUCAAUUUCAAUGGGAGAAGAACCUGAAAUCAAUAACUGUAUAUUGUAUUGUGAGGGAUUUUUAGUAUUUGAAUGACAAUAAACAAAUGGACAAAC